GGCUGUUUUAAACGUGCGCCGCGGCUGACCAAUCAGGCAGGUCUCGUACUAGUGAGCUAGCGCGAGGCUGUGUGGUCUUCUAUAGAGAGGAAGCGCGAGGCCGUUUAGUGUGACUGAGGAGAACAGACGACGGUGCAAACGUUAUCAGAAGGUGUGGUGAUAUUUGAGUGGUGCAGCAACAAUGGCGAAAGGUGAACCAGGAAAGCCCAAAGGCAAGAUGUCUGCCUAUGCUUAUUUUGUGAAGACGUGUCGUGAGGAACACAACAAGAAGAACCCUGGCGUUAGUGUCAGCUUCUCAGAGUUUUCCAAGAAGUGCUCAGAGCGAUGGAAAACUAUGUCACCCAAAGAAAAGACUAAAUUUGAUGACUUCGCCAAACAAGACAAGGUCCGUUAUGACCAGGAAAUGAUGACCUUCAAUCCAGGAAAGAAGGGUCAGAAGCAGAAGAAGGACCCCAAUGCUCCGAGGCGACCAGCGUCAGGGUUUUUCCUGUUCUGUGCGGACAACAGGCCUGGUAUUAAGGCCCAGCAUCCAAGCCUGGGAAUUGGAGAUGUAGCCAAGAGACUUGGUGAGAUGUGGAACAAUCUGUCCGAUUCUGAAAAGCAGCCCUUCCUGUCAAAAGCCAACAAACUGAAGGACAAGUAUCAGAAGGACAUGGCUGACUACAAAGGAAAGGGCAAAGGAAGUGGAGGGGCAUCAUCUGCUAAAUCCAAACCCAAACCCAAGGUGGAAGAUGACGACGACGAUGAUGAUGAUGAAGAUGACGAGGAGGAAGAUGAUGAGGAUGACGAAGACGAGGAUGACUAAAGAACUUUCUUUUAAUUUGGCAGUAAGAGUUAUGUUUGUUCACUGCCAUUCGGUUUCAGUUGAGUCUGGUUCUGACAGGUCUUUGUGUCAAGGCUGCAAUACACGGAGACGCCCCCAAUGCAUGCAAGCUCUGACUUCAGACAACCGAACUCUUAAUGUUUGGUUUGCUGGCGGUCCUGUUAAAGCUUGCUGUUCUACUGUAAUGAUAAAAGCAAAAUGUAUCCACACCGUUCAACAAGAUUCAUAACAGUGGUAGCAGUACAUACUCUUUUAAAAAAAACUAUUUAAGGUGGUGUGUUUCUGUAUGGCUGUUGACUUUUUUUUUUUGGACUCUCCCAGCUUUCAAAAUGCACAAAUUGUGGAUAAGCUUUUUUCCACUAAUUGGCCCUUAGGUUUCAUGCAUUUGAGAGGAUGUUUGUAAUGUGUGAUGAUUUAUUAUUUGUUAAAAUAUUAUAUUUGAUCAUUUUAUGUGUAUUAGAGAGUCUGGGGAAGAUGUCUGCUUUAACCAGAGUCAAGUGCUCAAUACUUUAACUGGGGAAAGCUCUUAUUUGCACCUUCAAUUUGUUACGUUUUUUUUUUUAUGUAUAGGUGACACUGUGAUUUCAAAUAAACAUGGCAUUUUUAGAUCUCCAAAAA